AUGGCAUCUCAACACCUGUAUACGCUGGCGGAUCAGCUAGACGCAUUUGAUAUUGAUUUCGACCUGAACAAAGAGGAUCAUACAAACAACAACGACAAUAAUAAUAAUGAAAAAGAAAAGGAAAAGGGAAGUGAUAAUGACCAUGGCGAUACAAAUACAGACGGCGGUGCUACAAAGCUUCUCUCCUCCAGCCUCGACUUGCCCGCCUCCGAUACGAGCUUCGUCGAAGACUCGCACUGGCGCUGGACAAUAGGCUGGGUUACGCCAAGUGCAAUUCUGAGCUGUUUCUUGAUUGCCAUAUCCCUAGCCACCGCUCAUCUGGGCCUGUUUCGAUGGCUAGAUCAACGUCGCGUUGACGAAACAAUCACACAGCCGUAUGUCACCGCGCUUUCGUUGGUCUUCGUCAAUGGAUUCCGAAUGCUUCUUGCGGCUGCGCUGGGAAUUUCCUUCGUCCAAAUAGUAUGGAAGCUACUACGAGUGCGGCCAAUGCAACUGGGGGAUCUUGAUAAGUUGUUGUCAGUAUUGGGAAACCCCUUGCAACUUGGCCGGAUCGGUUUGUUCUGGCGCGUCCCAAUUCCCUUCCUAUGCGCAGUCUUGUUCUGGUGUCUUCCCAUCGCGAUGGUUUUUCCGCCAGGCGCCUUGACGGUCGAACCCAAGACGCUCACCAGGCGUUCCCAAACGUCUGUUCCAAUCUUCGACGCUAACUAUAUCGGAAAUGGGACAUAUAACGGCAUGUUGUCGGCGGCAUUAUGGCAAGUCGAUAAUUUUGGUGCUUACGGGUCGUGCAACGAUUCUGUGUCGCCGGCUCUUUUCAAUUGGGUCAACGAGACGUAUGAACAACCUAAAGGUUCUUACGAAUAUAUCUAUGCCGCAUCCGCAGACAAUGACGCUCUGACAAACUCCCAAAAAGAAUUCGUUUUCGAACUUUCAUGGUCGUCAGGAGGCCUUAGUGCAGGAUAUCAGAAUCUUAGUUGCACCGCUUACGAGGCUGUGUACUCGUUCCAAAUCGACUAUCGCAAUGGCAAGCAAUACGUAACAACGACAGACGUUCAAUCAGGUCCGUUGCUCAACAGCUCGAAUCUCUACACAGACUAUGGAAUGUAUCCCCAGGAUGGCGGGAAAGAUGGCCUUGUUAAUGCCACCUCGACAGGAAGCGGCGGUGGCAAUGUCAUGGAUACUAACAGAAGGGCCAAUCUUGCCGCGAUCCAGGACACACUUGUUGAUGCAUUUUCCGGCUAUAUAGAUGCUUUGAUAAUGCACGCUCAACAAACUGCGAAUACCCUCAUCGCCUUGUCUGAUCUGUACUCUGGCCCAGCAAAAUCGCCUACUUUCAACAUCACCCAAGACUCCAUGCAAGGACUGUUACAGAACAUUGUCAUAUCGAUGUUGACACUAAACCAAACGACCUCACAAAUCCCGGUCACGGAGAUGUUUACAGUGAAUGUGUACUCCUUCAGCAACCCGGCACGUUUGAUUGUUCCGUAUUGCCUGGCUAUUAUCUUGUCCCUGGGAUUUAUCAUUGGCGGUGGUCAUGCUUUGCUUAGCAACGGCAUUUCAGCAUCUACAGGGGGGUUGUUUCAAACGUUGUGUACUACUCAGGGCAGUGACCGUCUAGGUGAAUUAGCGGCCAAGGGCUGUCUAGGUGGGAGGGAGAAUGUGCCGGAGGACCUCAAGGAUCUGAAGGUUAUGUUUGGAGUUCUUAAGAAUCAGUCCACUAGACCGAUGGCUGGGCUUGGAACAGAGGAUGAAGUCAUUCCAUUGGUGAAAGGGGCCUUUUAG